UACUUGCCUUUCUGCAAAAUCUCAUCAAAGAUUUUCUGAAGAAAUUUCAGGUAAUUGGAAAUAUCUUUUUGACAUCAUAAAACCAUGCUGAACCAAAAGGGAACUCUUUUGUUUGGUCUUCUUGUACUCUGCUCUGUAUUGAGUAUAAGCUUUUCCACAUGCACACACAAAGGUGUUGACCACAAGCAGGGUGCAAAAUGGGGAGAAAAAUGUGUGAAAUUUACCUGUCAUAGAAGCCAGGUUAAAGUGGUACAAUCUGCUUGUGAUGAUGGUGCUAUUUGCCGAAAUGUUGGCAGUCAUUGGACCAAAAACUGUAUUGACUAUACUUGUGUAAAUCACAAUGGAAAAUUAAUUGUGAAGAAAGUUACAUUACGUUGCAAAAGUCAUCACCAUAAAUGCCACAAAGUAGGAUCACACUGGAAUGAGACAAUCCAUGGAAACUGUUUCACCCGUAAAUGCGUCAAGAAAAACCAUUUGCCUGAAAUUGUUAAAGUGUCCAAAUGUUAACAACAUCGCAGCUAUAUUCUGAUGGAACAUUAUCUUUUUGAAAAUAAAAUUUGAAUCAAUCAAUGUGAA